CAAAACCCCUCGUUGACGCAACGAAUCUAGUUUCGCAGUACACUGAACUUCCACUUCUGAAGCUUCGACAAUGGCGGACAAAAACCCUUCUUCUUCUCCUUCUCCCCAAUCUACCGCCAAUAAUUCAUCUUCGCCACCAAAAAAACUUUCUGAUUCUCAAAUUACGUCGUUAAUUAAAGCCUAUUGGAUUCCGGCGACGCUUUUCUCUCUCUUCAUGCUCUUUCAUCUUGUCUUUAUACCGAAGGCUUUCCCCGUUUCUCAUUACGACGUUCUUGGCGUCAGUAGACGGAGUUCUAUUGAAGAAGUAAAAGAAGCUUAUGAUAAUUUUGUUUCCAAGUGGAAUUCAGGUGUUGAACUUCCGACAACUAAUAACUUUAUUAAGAUUCGAUAUGCAUAUGAGUUGCUGACCGAUCCUUUAUGGAAGAGAGACUAUGAUCUAUUUGGCAUUGAUGAGCACCAAGGUGUUCUGGAAAACAUUUUACAGCUCAAUUCUGGAAAGGAAUACUCUUCAGUGAACCUUCCUUUGCUAGUUGAUCCUGCUGACUCUCAAGAGGUCGAUUUAGAUUUCAUUUCCGGUGGUGAUAUCCAGUCAAUUGUUGGAGGUCAGAAGCCAUGGUUGAUUCAGGUAUAUUCGAACGGAAGCAAUCUAUGCAAACAUUUUUCAAGCAAAUGGAAGAAAAUUGCCACUUUGCUGGGUGAGGUUGCUGAUACUGGUGUAGUGGAGCUUGGGAAUUCCAAGCUUGCUUAUCUCCUUGCAGAAAAGAAAACAACUGGGCAACUUUUCUUCCGAAACGGCCUUCCUUCUCUGAUUGCAGUUCCUCAAGGGUGUAGAUCUUCAAACUGUUUUGUUAGGUAUGGUGGCGAUCUCUCUGUUGAUGCAGUAACAGAUUGGUUUUCGAUAACGAUACUGAAGUUGCCUCGGAUUCCUUACUACACAAAGGACUCAUUGGGGCCAAGAUUCCUUGCUAAAAGUAGUUAUCAUAAGGUAAAGGUCAUGUUCUUCUCAGACACAGGGAUGCGUGCAACACCAUUUAUGCGUCAGCUUGCAAAGAACUAUCAGGAUUAUGCUUCAUUUGCAUGCGUUCUUUGGAGGGAGGAAGAAUAUUCCUACUGGUGGUCAGUAUAUGAAGUGGAAUCAGCACCCGCGACUGUAUUCUUGAGAGAUCCCGGCGCUAAACCAUUAGUUUAUUAUGGUCCUGUAAACAGCUCAUGGUUUAUGAAUGUCAUGGAAGAUAAUAAAUUGCAUGAGCUUCCACAGUUGAGGACACUGACAUCUUUGGAGUUGGGUUGCGAUUCACGUGGCUAUUCCCGUGCUGGGACCGGUACUAAGAUCUGGUAUUGUGUCAUCGCUAUUGGAAGGCCAAGCCCAGAAUUGAACGAAAUGCGUGAGGUUAUGCGCAAGAUCCAACAUACUUUAUCAGAGAAUUAUCAAGAUGUACCAUAUACCAAUGAGUUGGCAGCUACUGCAUUGAAAGACAAGCGAUUAACUUUGACUUGGAUGGAUGGGGAGGUGCAAAAGAACUUGUGCAUGUUUUACAUUGUUGGCGAGCUUAGCUUGGAAAGUUGUGGUCCAAGAAGAGGUAUUGAAGAUACGCCACAAGUGGUUAUGGCGCGUUACAUGAGAAAUGAUUCCUUUGAUGAUCUUAGUGAGAAGAAAUCCUCCAAUAGUUUAAUGGACAUGCUGAAAGAAGAUGUGGAUCCUGUAUCUCUACUGGUAGCACGGUACAAUGGCUCUGCUGAACCAUUGCAGAUUAUUGAAUGGAUUUCAAAUAAUAUCAAAGAUGGUGACUCUUCAAAACUUCCUUUCUAUAGAACAAGAACACCUGAGCUUGUCUUUGAGAACCCAGAUCCUCUCUGGUUUGUUAGUAGGGAGAAGUUAAUUUCCACUAGACAUGGAGUAAAACAUAAACUUUCGAGAGCUAUAUCUGUUUGUCAUGAUCUUUCUGGUGAUCCAAGGAUUGGUUCGAUGUUACUUCUUGGAGCAUUGAUUUCGUUUGGGGGAAUCUGGCUUCGUCGCAGUCAUGUAACUCCUUUUAAAGACUCUAAUGAAUCAGAGCAAACCCAUGCCAAGAAGGAUAUCCCAAAAGCGUGGAGAAAUCGAAGAAAGCAUGCCCGACCUGAUGUUCCACCUUCAAUUACCGACAUGGAACCCAAAAAUGCUUAUCAAAUGGAAUUCUCAGAUUCGGACGCAGAUUAAGAAGCGUUAUGUCUUUUGAGAUCAAUAUACUGCAAUGAGGAUUACUCGGUGUCAACUCUCAAGAGCACAAGCAUAUGCGAAAGUGAAGAUAGUAGGAAUAUAACUGUUUAUAAACAUUCAGAAAUUUAUUUUGGUCCUUCAGCUGCCAAAGAAAUGACAAAAAAUUUACUUGGAACAGGAGACUAACAAACAGAUUAGUAAUUUUUGUUUAUAUAUAUUUCCUUUAGAUAACAGUGGUGUAUUUAUUUUGAAAUUUUAAAAGAUAUGGUUGAUGUAAUUUUAUUUAAUUUGAUUAGAGGUGUUUAUUUGAGUCAGAUUUUGUAUUAGUUGUUUUAAAUAAGUAUAAAAUCGGGUUAUGUGUUUA